AGAUUGGCGCGCGCACCACCUCUGGACCCGCUGACCUUCCUUUCUGUUUCCGUUUCCGUUUUCUCCGCCUAAGCAGAUCUAUAUUUAUGCCGGUGGCCGUCAAAGCUGAAUAGGGCUGGCUCUUGUCGGGGCUCGUAAUGGCAGGGAGCCGGCUGGAGACCAUCGGCACCAUCUUUACCCGGACAAGAGACCUGAUGCGAGCUGGGGUGAUGAAGGAGAAGCCUGUCUGGUAUGAUGUGUAUGAGGCCUUUCCACCGUUGAAGGAGCCUGUGUUCCGGAGGCCCCGACAGCGUUAUGGCAAAGCAAGGAUCUGGUACCAGAGGUCCUGUAACCAGGAAGAUCGGAUAAGAGCGAAAUAUUACUCAGUUUAUGGAUCUGGUCCCAAAACUUUUGACCUUUUCAACCCAAACUUUAAAUCUUCCUGCCAAAGAUUUGUGGAGAAGUAUCUUGAACUACAGAAAAAGGGAGAGACAGAUGAAGAUAAGCUUUUUAUGGAAACAGGAAAGGCUUUAUUGGCAGAAGGCGUUAUCUUACGACGAAAAGGAGAAGGAGCAACUGGAAGUCAGAAACCUGAAACAAGAACCUCAAAUCAGAACUGUAUUGGAGAGGAGAGCCAGCAUAAGCCCAUAUGAUCAGCCUUUGGAGUUCACUGAAGAGAGACUGAAAAAUCUGUUUCUUCAUCAUUUAAUGAUACUUUUGUAUGCCACCAUGCCUGAUCUCUUAACUAUCACACACAGUAGAUCAGUGUUAACUAUUUUUUUUCAUGGUUGAACUAGGGAAAAUAUUUCUUAACUUAUGAGUGUUUACUCUUGAAUUUUGUAUAUUCACCCCUCUUUUGGGGUUUUCAUUAAAGCCUAUAACCCAAGAA